AAUCAGGGGGAAGAUCUGACUGAUAUUAAAGUGGAGCAUGAAGAAGAGAGGAUGAUGGGCGAUCCCCCGUGUAAGAGUGAGGAGGAGGAGGACAUUCCAGGAGAUGUCACCACAGAAAAUCCAAUUAGGAAUUCUGAGGGAAACUUCAUCUUAUCACUGAAUUAUAAAGUGGAAGAUGAAGAUAUCAUGCAGCACUGUUCUGGAGAAAACCACAUUACCCUUAAUGUACAUCAAGGACUACACAGUACAGAUCAGUCAUAUACUCCCCCUAAUUAUGAAGAACCUUCUCCUGACCAAUCACAGAUUACCACAUGUACAGCUCAGAAAGGGGAUGAAAGAUUUCAGUGUGGUAAACAGUUCAAAAAACAAUCAAGACUUCCUACACACAGAAGAAUUUGCACAGAGGAGAAGCCAAACUCCUGUUCAGAAUGUGGGAAGUGCUUAACAUAUAAAUCACAUCUUGUUAUACAUGAGAGAAUUCACACAGGAGAGAAGCUGUAUUCAUGUUUAGAAUGCCGGAAGGGAUUUAUGAUGAAAUCAAACCUUGUUUUACAUGAGAGAAGUCGCACAGGAAAGAAGCCAUAUUUAUGUUCACAAUGUGGGAAAUGUUUUACACAAAAAUCACAUCUUGUUAGACAUGAGAGAAGUCACACAGGAGAGAAGCCAUAUUCAUGUUCAGAAUGUGGGAAAUGUUUUACACGGAAAUCAUCUCUUGUAACACAUCAGAGAUUUCACACAGGAGAGAAGCCAUAUUCGUGUUCAGAAUGUGGGAAAUGUUUUACACGGAAAUCAUCUCUUGUAACACAUCAGAGAUUUCACACAGGAGAGAAGCCAUAUUCAUGUUCAGAAUGUGGGAAGUGUUUUACACAACUGUCACAUCGUAUUACACAUGAAAGAAGUCACAGAGGAGAGAAGCCAUAUUCCUGUUCAGAAUGUGAGAAAUGCUUCUCAAGUAAAACAAAUCUUCUUUUACAUAAGAAACGUCACUUGGAAGAGCAGACAUAUGAAUAUCAAUUUAUUAAUCUUUCUUCAAGCUAAUUCGUUUUAUUGUUUGGUUGAUAUUAUCCUGGAUCUCCCUAACAUGCAAAUUGGGAAAUGUGAUAUGGGGAAAAGUAACGACGCUCCAUGUAAUUGUUUUAUAACUUAUGUUGACAUAUUAAUAUUUAAUCUUCACUCAAAUAGUUUAUAUUUAAUAGUAAGGGCAUUUUAUGCACAAGAAUGACAAUGAUCUUUGUUUUUUUUAUUGUUUUCUUUCAUUUUUAAUGUUUUAAAACUAUCAUUGCAGCAUAUAGGAGAUUUACUGUGUUCCUGUAAAGCCCUGCCACAGACAGGCCUUAGAGUUUUCCAAAGGCCCAGCACUGGCACAGCAACUGUAUGGCUCCCUCAAUCUCGGCAUGGGGGAUACAUUUGGGCCCUGGAAGCGAAUGGCUCCAGGAGAAAGAUGUCUCAGAUGAUGUGUUUGCAAUUGACCACAGUAUGUGAGGGGUUAAAUGUCCGUGGUCUGCGUUAUUGCAGAUGGAAAACAAUGCCUCUGGGUGUCUGCUAUGUAAAGCAGCUGCCAUCCAGCGGCUCAGCUUCUGAGCGGGCGCCAUGUAUAAAGUCUGUACAUGUUUUAGGUUCUGGAAGGGGUUAAUGUAAAAGAGAUUUCCCCAUAUAGCUAUGGCCUUUUGCAUUAUAAUAGUGCUUGAGAACACCCCGGCGUAUUUAAAAUUUGUAUUCCCCUUUUAUCCAAUUUGUCACUGCCAGGUCUUAAAGUCAGGACCUUCUGUAUGAGUAGCAGAAACCUUAGAAGCUGAGCCACAGGCUUCACUGUGAUGAAUGAGAGUCCUUUCUUAUUUCUUUCAAAUCCACUUCUGACUUUGGCAAAAAAUCCUGCAGGCAGGUCUGCCUCAAAAUGUUGUCCAAAAAAACUGUGUGGCUGUACCCCAACAGUGUUUGAGGAUACCCCCAGGGAUAACUCUAUACAGUGGUCCCUCAAGUAACAAUAUUAAUUGGUUCUGGGAUGACCAUUGUGUGUUGAAACCAUUGUACCUUGAGUCCAUAACUCUAUAGGAAACCAGUAAUUAUUUCCAAAGUCCAAAAAUGUAAUCCCAAAAUAAGAAAAAGGGACAUUUUAAGAAGAAUAGGCAUAUAACCAAGAUAUAUAAAGUAAGUCCCUCCAUAAAACAGACGAGAAUAGAUGUUGGAAGCUGUAAAUCACUUUUUAUAGUGAGGACAGGAGCUUCUUCAGGGUCUUGUAUUGUAUGUACAUGUACCGGAAAAUAAAAUUAAGCCGCUUCUCACCUGGUGUCUAAAGGAGCAGUGCACCUUGGCACAGACAGGGGGCAGUACAGAACACCUAAUAACGUAGAGGGGAGACUAGACAACCAGUUUUACCAAUAAAAUGUCCAUAUUGACUGGUUGGAUCUGAGCCUGAGGCAUUGUUUGUUGAGUCUAGUCUCAAUUUACGAUGACCCAGAACAGACCAUAAAAAAAAUUGUAUCCUGAGACCAUUGUAUCUUGUGGGAUCCCCAUUUAUGGAAAUACCCAUGGGACUCUCAGAGCAGUGACUCCAUUGGGAGUUGUCAGAAAAACACAGGAAGGACUAUAAAAGCAGACGACACAUCAAGUAUAUAAAAUGUAUAAGAACCUUUAUUAGACACCACAAAGUUAAAAUACUGUAUACAAUAAAGAUCCUAUGAGAGAUCCAAAUCCAUCCCUACAUAACAAUGUGCGUCCUAAUUCCAAAUGGGGAAACUCACAUGUGCCCAGACAGUGAAGUGACAACAUAGCAGGGGCACUGAAAAUCUAUAAAGCAUAAAAUGUACAGCAUAUAAAGACAAUACACAUGGUGUCGGGGUUUAGGAUGCACACAGAACCUGCCGCCAGCACUACGUGCAUUGUCUUUAUGUGCUGUAUUGUAUGCUUUAUAGCAGGGGUGCACAACCUUUUCUGCUCUGAGGGCCGUAUUAUCUAUUUCAAGGGGCCACAAAAAAUGGAUCAGCGCUCGUUUACAUCGGCCUAU